GAGUCAUCGUGAUAUCCGCCUACAAGUUUCAAAUUAAAGUACAGAAGCAAAUCUCACGCAUGCGCAGGCGAAUUCUCCACUCAAAACUUGUUCUCCGUUCGAAGUCUCGGACAUUUUCGAACGACGCGGCUACAAUUCAAGUGAAGCCGGUCACCGAGUGGCAGACGCGUCCACGCAGUUAAAUAUAACUAGUACUUUUAUUACCUCGCUUGUGUACACAUCACAUUUUGUGAUUCCAAAAUGGUUUACAGCCCAACAGUAUUACCAGCGGAGCCAUUCGAUCCGGCUGCCGAUGCCCAAGCACUGAAGACCGCCUUCAAGGGCUUCGGGUCUGACGAAAAAGCGAUCAUUGACAUCAUCGCGGGCCGCACGAAUGCCCAACGCGCCGAAAUAGCCACGCAAUUCAAAACUAUGUUCGGUAAAGAUCUCAUCAAAGAGUUGAAGAGUGAGCUACGUGGUAACUUCGAGGAUGUAAUCAUCGCGUUGAUGAUGAACCCCGUCGAGUACCAGGCGAAAGAAUUACAUAAGUCCAUCAGUGGUUUGGGCACUGAUGAAAAAACUCUCAUGGAAAUUCUUUCCAUUCAUACUAAUGAAGAGGUCGUUGCUAUCAAGGACGCUUAUGAAGGACUCUACCAAUCCUCAUUGGAGAGUGACAUUAAAGGAGAUACCUCGGGGACAGUCAAACGUUUAUUCGUUUCAUUAUCUGUUGGUGGUAGGGAUGAAUCUGACGAAGUAAACAAAGAACUCGCCUACCAAGAUGCCCAGGCUUUACUACGCGCUGGUGAAUUGAUGUUUGGAACAGAUGAAUCCACUUUUAACAUGGUAAUGUGCCAGCGUAACAGACCUCAAUUGAGGCAGAUCUUCGACGAGUACGAACAUCUCGUAGGUCAUUCUAUCCAAACCGCCAUUGAAAACGAGUUCUCGGGUACUGCCAAAGAGGCUUUGUUGGACAUUGUUCAUUGUAUUCAAAAUCAGAUGGAUUACUUGGCGGAACGUCUGUUCAAGAGUAUGGACGGUAUUGGAACCGACGACAGAACACUGAUCCGCAUUGUUGUCUCCCGGUCGGAGAACGACUUGGGGGAGUUGAAAAACGUUUUCGAAGAAAAAUAUGGCAAAUCUCUUUCGGAUUGGAUUAGGAGUGAUACAUCCGGCGACUACAAAAGGUGUCUGCUUGCAAUCGUCAAUUAGCUCACAUUUGGGCCAUCUACACAUGAUAAGUUAAAUAAAUACAAGGCCAAUGUUAAUGUCACUUAUUUAUAUAAAUUUUAUCUUUUCGAGAAAAAAAUAUGCUGAAUUAAUGCCAA